AUGGAUGGGACCGCGAAAGAACUAAAUAUCACCGAUUACUCGGAUUCGCGCGGAAGUGGUAGACCCCCUGCAAAUAAGGAAUCUUGGAAGCCAAUGAAUAAACAGCAAGGAGCAUUACACUUAGGCAGUCACAGCGAUUUCUUCCGUUUCUUCAUCUGCAUAAGACUCUCACAGAUUUCUCGAUACCGUAUCUGCGUGGAGUUGCGUGGACUAAAGGCAAGGGCAAUCGAUGUUGAACCAACGGAUAAUCACUACUUCAACGAUUAUGACAUCGAGCUCGGCUCUUCCCGAACAGCACUUUUUCACAAUUUCGAGGAGGAACAUCCAACUCCGUUGUCAGCUUCCAUUAGCAAAAGUCUCCAGUCAACUUUGAAAGAAAGCGUACCAACUGAUCUCGCCGCUAAACAGGAUGCUUAUCAUGCCCGUCUCAUAGCCAGAGAAAUAAUGAUCUUAAAUCUGCGGUCAAUUCAUCAGAACAACAAAGAAGACCGUGAGGAAAGGUGGAAGGAGUCGAUUCUUACUUUCGAAAACGAUCUCGGUCUAGCCUCCCAUAUGCAGAACACAGCCGCUGCCAGCAUGAUCCAUGCAACGAACACUAACAAGCUACAACUUAGCAAAUGGAUACAAUAUUAUAAGAUGUCCACUCCGCUAACAGGUCUCGGCGAUGUGACGCCCGCACAUCCAGAGUAUAUGAUUGCCACAUUCGGAGUGGUGAUGGUCGGGCUUUCGCUGGUAUCCGUCUGCAUAGAUGUGGUUAAAGAGAAGCUUGAACUCAUGUACAUGGCACUGCUCAAGAAGAUGUUGCAGGAUUACAUGGAAGCAGUCAAAAAUGGAGAUCCGAACGCCGCGGCUGAGAUGAUGGCUGGAUUCCAAGGAAGAGCGAAAUAUCUUAUGCCACUGAUAAGCAAAGGGCAGGGAGCAAGAGUUAUGUCUCGUUUCAAAGAAGACUGCUCUGCCAAGGCUGUAGAAAAAAAGGCUGACGAGGAGAAGAAAGAGCUAAUGAGAUACACGCAGCUCCUUGAGCAGAGUGCGACGGUGGCAGUAACGCCGGUACGCAAGACAUCUGCGUGUUCUGUACAAGGUUUACCGUCUAUGUUCGACGAAAGAGCUCAACCUGCAUCACCAAAACACUUUGAAGUGGCUAUACAGCUUGUCAACUACCACAGCGAUGAUGCGUCGACGCAGUGCGACCUGUACAAGUUGCACAAAAGAGAGCUGAUAUCCACAGCGGUACAACCAGAUGUUUCGCAAAUAAGUAUGGUCGACGAGGAAAAUGAAGCAAUUCUGCUCGGAAAACCUCAGUGGAAUGAAGUCUCCGAAAGCAGCGCUGAGGAAGUAGCGCUUCAAUCAAAGGAAAUCCCAAUGGAGUUGCGGUACAUGCGAAGCGUUGGCGAGCAGGCAAAUAACAUUUUGUACGGGAUUAGCAUUGCCACGCGAGAAAUCGUGGGGAUCAACGAGUUAAGACGUAGGGCACGGCAUCACGCUUUGUCCACUGAAAAGCCGAUGCGAUCCUCAUUACGAUCAUCUUCCACCUUGAAUGGAGGACAUGCGACAGCUGGAGACAAGCGCCGUUCUGUUGAACCACUGACACCAUCAGGACUAAGUGAAGGAGACCCACUCGAUGUGGAGGAGGUGAAUGUCAGUGUUUCGCUCGUGAUCAAACCUGUUGAUGAAAGCGGUAAAGAGAUAGUCGAUAUCGCUGAGCUUAAUGAUAAGCAACAGGAAGAAGAUGAUGUGUUCUUGUCGGACAAUGAAGAUAAUAAUAUAGAAGGCUUCCUGGUCGAAGAGAGCACCCAGACCGAUUCGGCAGCGCAGUACACGGACAAUGAA